AUGCCAGGAACAAGAACCAAGAAUAAAUCCGGAGGAUUAGGUAAAACAAUUUUAAAAGCUCGUAACCGAAAGAAGGACAAGGUGUUUUCUGAUAGACAUCAAGAACCAGUUGCUGAUGCAAUAUUGGGUAAAGAAACCGUAACCAUGGGCUCCGAUGAACUUCCUAUCGAAGAAGAAAUUUUACGUGAAGAUAAUAUCAUGCACAAUAUGCUCAACAAAGGCAGAGGAAAAUUGGAAAGUUUAAUUGGAACAACAGAUCUCCAAGAUUUAAUGUUAAACGCCAAGAUGAGCUUAAAAAAGUAUGAAAAAGAUAGUGCUACUGUUUUAAUACAUACUGAUGAAGAUGGCUCUCGGAGAGAAUUUCAUGUCGUUGAUAGGGAUGAAGAAGAAGAAGGAGAUGAUGAGGAAAAUCAAGAUGAUGACGAUGAAGCCUAUGCUGAAGGAACAUUGGUUUUGAAGGAAAAAUCACAAGAUGAAAUUUAUGAACGUGUUCGUGAAUUACAAGAAAUGGGAAUACAAUUACCAAUACCUAGAAGACCAAAGGAAGCCUAUGAUUUGAUGAAUUAUGUUCAAGAGUCAACUGAGCCCGAACAAAAGAAGAAAAAGAAGAAAAAGGAAAAAAAGAAUGAACUAGCAAAGAAGAAACUCAUUCAAUUUGAAACCGAAUCAUUCUUAAAGUGGAGAAGAAAUUUGGCAGAGAUUGAAGAAAGUUAUGAUGCUACACUCACACCAUAUGAAAAGAACAUUGAAGUUUGGAGACAAUUAUGGCGUGUUGUGGAGAGAAGUGACAUUGUUAUUCAAAUUGUAGAUUCUCGUAAUCCAUUAUUAUUUCAAAGUGAAGAUUUAGAAAAGUAUGUGAAAGAGGUUGAUUCAUCAAAGGAAAACUUUUUACUUUUGAAUAAGGCUGAUUUGCUUACAAAAAAGCAAAGAUUCAAAUGGGCAUGCUACUUUAAAAAGAAGAAGAUUAACUUUAUCUUCUUCUCUGCUUUGAAUGAAAUUUCUAAAAUUGCAAAUCGUCAAAUUACCAGAGAAGAUCUUUUAAAAGAACAACAAGAGGAACUAGAUUCAUUCGAUACUACUAAUUAUGAAAAUCCCCAAGAAAAAGAUUGGACAUAUAUUUUUGAUAGAUCUGAAUUGUUAUUCUUCUUUAAGAGUUUGAUGAAUAAGUUCAAUCCUGAAAAUAAGAAGAGUGACAUUGGUAGAGUUGUUGUUGGUAUGGUCGGUUAUCCAAACGUUGGUAAAUCAUCACUUGUAAAUGUGUUAUGUGGUAAAAAGAAGGUUGCAGUUGGUUCCACUCCAGGUAAAACAAAACAUUUCCAAACACUUCCAAUUGGUGAAAGUAUAAUGAUUGCUGACUGUCCAGGUCUAGUUUUCCCAUCAAUUACAACAACCAAGGAAGAAAUGAUUGUAAAUGGUAUUAUUUCAAUUGAUCACCAAAUGAGAGAUCACAUUCCACCAAUAGAAUUGGUUUGUUGUCGUGUUCCUAGACGUGUUUUCGAACUUACAUAUGGUUUGUCGUUCCCAAAACUUCCUGGAAAACAACGUAUGACAUUUGUUACUCCAGAAAAUUUACUUAAGACUUUUUGUAUUGCAAAGAGUUUGAUGUCCAAGAAUUUCGUGCCCAACUAUCCAACAGCUGCUCGUCGUAUUUUGAAAGAUUACAUAGAUGGUAAAAUUCUGUAUUGCCAUGCACCUCCUGAAAAUAUUCAAGUUGAUGAUUUGGAAGAAAAUGAUAAGAUACAAUCAGAAGGAAUGCUUAAUGAUAAUGAUGAAAUCAUUGUCAUUAAUCAUGAUGAAGAAUUGGAAGACGAUGGUGAAUACUUUACAGAAAGUGAAGACGAAGAAGAAGGAGAAUAUCAUGAUGACGAAGAAGACAUUUACAACUCUGAUGAAGAAGAAGAGGCUACAUUAGAAGAAUCUGAGGACGAAAUGGAAUGGGAAGGUGAAAUUGAUGAUUUCAAUCGUGUCAAUGUUCAUACCGAGUCUCUUGAGAGAAAGAAGGAAAAGAUCAUUCAAGCCAAAGGUUAUGAUCCAUUUGAAUUGGAUGAACAAACCAUUCUUGUUGAACAAAAACCAGAAGAACAACCUGUUGAUAAUCAAUCACCUUACGAAAAGCUCACUGAAAAACAAAAGAGAAGAAAAUUUACAUACCUCAAGAAGUUUAUGAAAUAAAAGUCAAUGAGUUAACUCG